GCCUGUGCUAGCAGACAUUUCCUACCACCAUAUUCUUCUCAUCUUCGCUUUCACAGAUUCUUGUAGCAUAGUGUCCAUUGAAUCCAGUUUUCUUUUUCUUUUCUCGCUGUUGCCUUUAUUCAUUCUGGUACAUUAGUUACUAUUCUAUCAUUAAUCUUCUCUGAAUUAUUGCCUCCCUCCUGUCUCCUAAACUACACAAGAGUUUAGCUAACUUGGCUGUGUCUUGAGAGUCAAACUUCUCUAGUAAUAUCCAUAAAAAUACGAGGCAACCUUUUCCUGCAAACCAUGCUGACUGUCAGAUUUUAUUGUUGGGGGGAGUCACUACUGUUAUCGUCUGCUUUAGUCUAUGGUUUCUGAGUUGUUCUUGUUUUCUGAUUUGAUUGAUUUAGUUUGUGAGAGAAUCUAGUUUGGUUUGUUUUAGCCCAAUUCUUCAUCUUGGUUUUGGCUGGUGCUUGUAGACAGGAUAAAAAUUAAAAUUCUGUCCUGUAAUUGGAAAAAAAGUAGGAAUCUUGGGGGAUUCUUUCAUUCUUGCUUGGGUCAUUUUGGGAUUUCUUGUCUUCCCUUAAUUCUGGGUCCUCCCUCUGGCAAGCAGUUUGGGUGGAUAAGAUAGAAUCAUUUUUAGGCUUCUUAGCUCUUAUCAACUUAAUUGUCUCCUGAUUAUGAGGUCGGUGGCCUCAUUUCCUUGUUAUUUUUUGUUAUUUGCUUCCAAAGUUUGAAUUUUUACGCUCUUAGUAGGUCUAACUAGACAGUUUCUGUAGAUUUGACAGUUUGGGGGAGGGGGUGGAAGAUGGGAAGUCCUUUAGUUUCUCCCAAAUUUAGCCAGGGGUUGAAAAAGUAUUGAUCGGAGACUGUUUGAAGUUGAACCGUUCUUUUUACCAAGUCACUAUCUUGGAUGAGUCUACUCCAUGUUAUUGGAUUUGGAUUGAAGGUGGGGCAUCUAAUUCUGGUGCUAUGUUGCUGGUUUGUCUCUUUGUUUUCCCUGAAUUGGAUAAGUAAUGGUGGAGUGAUGACCACAAAGACUGGUUUGCUUGCUGAUGGAGAGCAGCUAUGGAUGAAAUUGUGGGAGAAGAUCUCAGGUAAGAGUUUCAAGAUCCAUCAUCACUACUCCCAGUACAUUGGGCCCAAGAGAGUGAGAAGAAACUGGUGGAAGAAGCUUUUGGUAGCAUGGAUAGUUGUUGGGAUUCUAGUUUCUGUUUCGGUCUUCUGGUACAUGAACUCCUUAGCUACGGAGAAGAGGAAAGAGACCAUUGCAAGCAUGUGCGAUGAGAGAGCUAGGAUGCUGCAGGAUCAGUUCAACGUUAGCAUGAAUCAUAUCCAGGCUAUGUCUAUUUUAAUUUCAACCUUCUACCACAGCAAGAAUCCCUCGGCAAUUGAUCAGAUGACAUUUGCAAGGUACACAGAGCGAACAGCCUUUGAGAGACCUCUUACCAGCGGAGUGGCAUAUGCUGUAAGGGUGCUUCAUUCUGAAAGAGAGCAGUUUGAGAAACAACAAGGCUGGACUAUUAAGAGAAUGGAUAGCAUUGAGCAGACACCAGUUCAUAAAGAUGAGUAUAGUUCAGAAGUCCCAGAGCCAUCGCCAGUUCAGGAGGAAUAUGCUCCGGUCAUCUUUGCUCAGGAUACUAUUGCCCAUGUAAUUUCUCUUGAUAUGCUCUCUGGAGAGGAAGAUCGUGGGAAUAUCUUGCGUGCAAGAGAAUCUGGAAAAGGUGUACUUACUGCUCCUUUCAGGCUAAUCAAAUCAAACCGCUUAGGUGUAAUAUUGACUUUUGCUGUGUACAAGAUGGAUCUACCCCCUGAUGCAACCCCAGAUGAGAGAACACAAGCAACUGAUGGGUACCUAGGUGGUGUCUUUGACGUUGAGUCUCUGGUAGAGAAGCUACUUCAACAGCUUGCAAGCAAGCAAACUAUCCUGGUAAAUGUCUGUGACACUACAAAUAUAUCCCAUCCUAUCAGCAUGUACGGUUCAAAUGUAUCCGAUGAUGGGCUGCAGCAUGUUAGUGCCCUCAACUUUGGUGAUCCAUUCCGCAAGCAUGAGAUGCGAUGCCGCUUCAAACACAAACCACCUUGGCCAUGGCUUGCAAUAACAACCUCAAUUGGCAUACUUGUGAUUGCAUUGCUAGUGGGACAAAUAUUCCAUGCCACAGUAAAUCGAAUAGCCAAAGUUGAGGAUGAUUAUCAUGAUAUGAUGGAGCUCAAAAAGCGUGCUGAGGCGGCUGACAUUGCAAAAUCACAGUUUCUUGCCACCGUUUCUCAUGAGAUCAGGACUCCCAUGAAUGGUGUUCUAGGGAUGUUGCAUAUGCUUAUGGACACAGAUCUAGAUGUAACUCAACAAGAUUAUGUCAAAACUGCACAGGGAAGUGGUAGAGCUUUAGUUUCUCUUAUUAAUGAGGUUCUAGACCAGGCGAAGAUUGAAUCUGGUAAACUCGAGCUUGAGGCAGUGCGCUUUGACCUGAGAGCUAUUCUGGAUGAUGUUUUGUCACUGUUUUCAGGAAAAUCACAGGAAAAAGGUGUCGAGUUGGCUGCCUACGUUUCUGAUAAGGUCCCUGAAAUGCUAAUUGGUGAUCCUGGGAGAUUUCGACAGAUAAUUACGAAUCUGAUGGGUAACUCGAUCAAAUUCACGGAAAAAGGACACGUACUUGUGACUGUCCAUCUUGUUGAAGAAGUGGUGGAUUCUGUUAAAGGUGAAACAGAAUCAUAUUCAGAUGACACAUUGAGUGGGUUGCCUGUAGCUGACAGACGACAGAGUUGGAGAGGAUUUAGAGGUUUCAGCCCAGACGGACCUAUUGCAGCAUUACCGUCCUCCUCAAUUGACGAAAUCAAUCUAAUUGUAUCAGUGGAGGACACAGGUGCAGGAAUUCCUUCAGAAGCUCAGUCUCGUAUAUUCACCCCCUUCAUGCAGGUGGGUCCCUCAAUUUCCAGAACACAUGGAGGCACUGGCAUAGGAUUAAGCAUAAGCAAGUGUUUGGUCCAGCUCAUGAAAGGCGAAAUAGGGUUUGUAAGUUUGCCAAAGAUGGGAUCCACUUUCACUUUUACAGCUGUUUUUGCCAAUGGUUCCGGUAAUUCAAAUAACCCGAAGGGCAAACAAAUCAACAAUCAAUCCAACUCUAUUUCUUCGGAGUUCCACGGCGUGAGAGCGCUAGUUGUUGAUCCAAGGCCUGCACGGGUCAAAGUGUCAAAAUAUCACAUUGAGCGCCUUGGGAUCUGUGUUGAAGUAGUUCCUGAUUUGAACCGUGCAUUUUCUAGUAUUAGCACCAAGGAGGCUACCAUAGAUGUUGUUUUCAUUGAACAGGAAGUUUGGGAUAAUGAUUUUAAUACGUCUACUCCGUUCGUCGAGAAAUUAAGAGGGACUGACAUUAGUGUUGCACCAAAACUGUUUCUUUUAUCUAAUUCUUUAAGUUCUACCCGAUCGACUGUUUCAGCUUCUGGUAUUCCUGCUUCAUCCGUUAUCAUGAAGCCAAUAAGGGCAAGUAUGCUUGCUGCAUCCCUGCAACGUUUAAUGGGCGUUGGUAGUAGGGGAAAUUCGUGCAAUAUAGAGCUUCCUCUGAGUCUUGGAGAUCUGCUUCGGGGAAGAAGAAUUCUUGUGGUAGAUGAUAAUAAAGUGAAUCUAAAAGUAGCAGAAUGUUUCUUGAAAAAGUAUGGUGCUGAUGUGGUCCGUUCAGAUGGCGGGGAAGAAGCAGUCUCACUCUUGGAGCCUCCCCAUAAGUUUGAUGCCUGUUUCAUGGAUAUUCAAAUGCCAAAGAUGGAUGGGUUUAAAGCUACAAAGCUUAUCCGCAGCAUUGAAUCUAAAGUAACUUCUCAAAUCGAACAAGGGGAGUUGUCCGUUGAAGCUUUUGACAAUGUUUCAAGCUGGCAUGUGCCCAUUUUGGCCAUGACAGCUGAUGUGAUCCAGGCUACAAAUGAAGAAUGCACAAAAUGUGGAAUGGAUGGCUAUGUAUCGAAACCAUUUGAUCCUGAGCGGCUUUAUCGUGAAGUAUCACGCUUUUUUUAGAUUGUAUCGAAUGAAAACUAGCUAGGAACCUGGUGAAUGCCCGAUGUGCUCCAAGAGAAGUGCUUAUCGGAGGUGUCUUGGCUUCCUCAAGUACUUGGUGGAUUUUUCCCCAUAAAUUGAUUUCUCCAUUGGACUUGGGAGUGUACAUGUUAGCCGAGGAUUUGUGUUCGUGGCAUUCACUUCGCCUCAGAUAGACAACUGAGUUUUUCAACUUAACCUUCUUUUGAUAUUUGAAGCCUUAAAUAGGGCAGUCUGACCAGACUCGAGGAAAAUUUUUUGAAGAAUCGAGUCUACAAUUGAAGCUCUGCAGUUUAUCCCAUUUCCCAUUUGCGAGAAUGGAAAUCAGCCUGGAAGAUGAACUCUUAAUCGUCGCUCUUCUGCAACAUAUGGGGAGGAUCAUCUCUGCACCAUAGAUAUUGAAUUAGUUGAUGGUGUGAAAUGCCACGUCUUGAUAAUAUAUACCAGGAUAUGCAUCGAUGUAUAGUUGUGUAUAUAUUUCAACGACAAUAAAACAAUCAAUUGUGUAGGAGAGUUUCCAAAACCAACCUAUGCCGAAUUGUUCUUUUGACAAUUACUAUUGUCUGCUUUUUUAACAAGGAAGCAGCCAUGUAAAAAAGUAGUACAGGGAGUAAAACUGGUUCGAGUGUAAAAUGAUAAUUUUGGUGGUUCAGUAUAAAUUUUGUCCAUUUUUUGAAUAAAAA